GGCAGCAGCGGGACCGCGACCCGGCACCGCGACCCGGCACCAUGAGCGGCGACGGCGGGGCGCGGGCCGCGGCCGAGCGCGAGGAGUUCGCCGCCUUCUUCCCGCAGAUCGUCCGCGACCUGACGGAGGACAUGCUGGGACACCCGGAGGUUGGAGACGCCGUGGCGCGGCUGAAGCAGGUGCUGGAGUACAACGCGCCGGGCGGGAAGUGCAACCGGGGGCUGACGGUGGUGGCCGCGUUCCGGCGGCUGGCGAGCCCCGAGCGGCAGGACCCGGAGAGCCUCCGCUGCGCCCUGGCCGUGGGCUGGUGCAUCGAGCUGUUCCAAGCCUUUUUCCUGGUGGCCGACGACAUCAUGGACGCGUCGCUGACCCGCCGAGGGCAGCUCUGCUGGUACAAGAAGGAGGGGAUCGGGCUGGAUGCCAUCAAUGAUGCUUUUCUGCUGGAGUCCUCGGUGUACCGGCUGCUGAGGAGGUACUGUGGGCAGCAGCCCUUCUACCUGCACCUGCUGGAGCUCUUCCUGCAGACAGGCUACCAGACCGAGCUGGGGCAGACCCUGGACCUCAUCACUGCUCCAGUUUCCCAGGUGGACCUGAGCAGGUUCAGCGAGCAGAGGUACAAGGCCAUUGUGAAGUACAAGACAGCGUUUUACUCCUUCUACCUGCCCGUGGCUGCUGCCAUGUACAUGGCAGGCAUUGAUGGCAAGGAGGAGCACGAGGAUGCCAAAGCCAUCCUGCUGGAGAUGGGGGAGUUCUUCCAGAUCCAGGACGAUUUCCUGGACUGCUACGGGGACCCAGCCCUGACAGGGAAGGUUGGCACCGACAUCCAGGACAACAAGUGCAGCUGGCUGGUGGUGCAGUGUCUGCAGAGGGCCACGGCAGAGCAGAGGCACAUCCUGGAGGAGAACUAUGGCUCUAAGGAGCCCCAGAAGGUGGCCAAGGUGAAGGAGCUCUACGAUGCCCUGGGCAUGCAGGCGGCGUUCCGGGAGUACGAGGAGAGCAGCUACCGGCGCCUGCAGGAGCUGAUCGGGAGGCACGCCCGGCGCCUGCCCAGGGAAAUCUUCCUGGACCUCGCACAGAAGAUCUACAAGCGGCAGAAGUGAUGGAGGGGCCUGGCAGGGGGCUGGGCUCGGCCACAGACGGGCUGGAGCUGCUCCCUGCCCUGGGAGGGGCCGGGGCGGGUUGUAGGAGCUGCGCUGGGAUGGCCGGGGGGGCGUUCAGCCCUCUCCCCCCGGCCGUGUGUCAAUAAACAUAAAUUAUUGUA